AGAACAACGUUGUAUAUGCACGUAGGAUUUAAAAGUGUGGACUUAGCAGGGGAAAUCAGUAACUGUCUUUGUGGACAGACAGAGAAGGACAUAACCAUGGAAUUUCCUUUUAUGAUCCAGUUGCUCGGUAAAGCAUGUCAGCUAUCUGAUACAAAGCAAGAACCAACAGCCAACAUGUCCAGCAAAAGGGCAAAGACGAAGACCACCAAGAAGCGCCCUCAGCGCGCCACUUCCAAUGUAUUUGCGAUGUUUGAUCAGUCGCAGAUUCAGGAAUUCAAGGAGGCCUUCAACAUGAUCGACCAGAACAGGGAUGGCUUCAUCGACAAAGAGGACUUGCACGAUAUGCUCGCCUCCCUUGGAAAGAAUCCAACGGAUGAAUACCUAGAUGCCAUGAUGAAUGAGGCUCCAGGCCCCAUAAACUUCACGAUGUUCCUGACCAUGUUUGGUGAGAAGUUAAAUGGCACCGACCCGGAAGAUGUAAUCAGGAAUGCUUUUGCUUGCUUUGAUGAAGAAGCAACAGGGUUCAUCCAGGAAGACUACCUGCGGGAGCUGCUGACAACAAUGGGAGACAGGUUCACGGACGAAGAGGUGGACGAGCUGUACAGAGAGGCACCCAUCGACAAAAAGGGGAAUUUCAACUACAUCGAGUUCACACGCAUCCUGAAACAUGGAGCAAAAGACAAGGAUGACUGAGCAAAUCCAUGCAUACCUGCAGAUUAUCUCUACACUCAUGUUUAUUUUUAAGGGUUUAUUCCUGAUAGAACUUGUUGCAUGCAUUUAGCUUUACAGCUUUUGCCUUUCUCAAUGUAUUUAUCUAUUCCAGGCCAUUUAGGCAUAUUUGCACCUGUGUAAUCAGACUGGAAGCGGGGAAAAUAUUGUGAGGAAAAGGAUACGGGGACGAACAUCCCUGGAGUUGAUACUCCAGGAAAAUAAUCUCAAUAUUUCUGAUUUAGCUGGAUUUUUACAUUUUUGUAAUAAAUGCCAUUUUGAAAUAAAGAUUGCUAUAUAGAUAAAAUACCUCAAAAUCUUUUGUGAAGAACGACAUUUCUAUUGUGCAUUUACAAAUGCAGGUGUGUUCAUUGUAUUUUACUUGCAGUUGCAAGUCAAGUUGAAAAACGCAUUUUCAUACUGUUUUGUUCAGUGUCACAGGGUUCUGAAAUGCUCCUAGCAGGAUGUGCUGGCAUCUUUAAAAAUGCAGCUGUAGCUGUAGAAGUCUUUCAUCUCAGGUUUCUGAAGUGGGAUCUGACUAGUGUAAGUAGUUAACCAAAGAAGUGGUUAGGGAAGACUGUUACAGUUGCCUCAUGGCCAGCAGAGAACAUCUAUGAUUCUUAAGCCGACAUCAUGCCCAGCUUUUGUUUUCUUUUAAUACUGAUGGAAUAGCAAUAUUUUCAUGUCAAAGUGUACAUUCCUCUUUGCUAAAUCUUUAUGCUGGCAAUAAGUGGGAAUUAGGCAUAUUUUUUCCUUCAGAUGAAGGAAGCUUGUGCAAAGGAAUCCAUGCUGGCACUAAUUAACAGCAAUACAUGGCCACAAAACCUAUAUGAAGCUUUAUUGUUCUGCAGCUAAUGUAUUUGCAUGUGAGAAUGUGAGCACAGUCGUUCUGAGGACUGGUAAAACCCUAUAUGUGCUGAAGUUCCUCUCACUUUUUAAAAGAUCAUACAUAUUCCUCAACUAUAUUGAUGACUUUUAACCAAGCACAGUCAUUCAUUCAAAACUGGUUGUGCUGAUGCUGUUGUCUCAAAUAUAAAGAAAGGGGGGAGGUUGUUCUGUUCUUCAUAUGACCAUGUCCUGUGUGCCUCAUUCUCUUGGCUACUGCAAGCUGGAAAGCUUAAGAAUUUAUUUUGCCUGUUUAUUUAUCGAUUCAAAUGAUGACUAGAAAGCAUGUCCUGAGCUAUAUCACAUGACUUAAGACCACAAGGAGUAGGAAUUUUACUUCAGCGCAAGGGUGUGUAAGGGCUCUGACAGCUUAUACUGUAAGGUGGGUUUGUCUCUCUUCUCAUAUGUUAGCACAAAGGCUUGGUUACUUAAUCUUGCUUGUGUUCCGAGUAUGGCAGCUCUGGAAGAUAGUCUGGCAUUAGGUUUGUAAAUAAGUUGACAAAGUAUACACAGUUAGCAUAUACUUUGAUUAUUUUUUUAUUUUUUAUUCCUUGGUGGUUUCUUUCACUUCUGGGCUUAAUUAAAAGGAGUUUUCAACCAU